AUGGGUGUGUUGCGCGAGCAAUCAUAUAAUUAUAAAAUAUUAACACUGAUUUCUCCCUAUAUCCUACAGUUGGCGUGGAUUCAGCGUGACCGCUCAGCCAUCUUGACGGUGGGCAACCAUGUCAUUACCAGGAACAACCGCAUCGGUGUCUCUCACGACGGUCACCGCACCUGGUACCUCACCAUCAAGGACGUGCGACCUGGCGACGCCGGCACCUAUAUGUGUCAGAUCAAUACAGCUGUCGCUAUAAGUCAGAUCGGACACGUCAGCGUAGUGGUGCCACCUUAUAUCAAGGACGAGAUGAGCAGUCGUGACGUGGGUCUCCUAGAAGGCAUGGACCUGACCCUGGCCUGCAGUGCCCGAGGCUCUCCAGUGCCCACCAUCAAGUGGCGCAGGGAGGACGGCAGUGAUAUCCACCUCAAUCACACCGUCUCAAUUCUGCCCACUGUGUACGUGCCCCACCAGCUGGUGGGAGUGCCCCUCGGGCAAGAUGUCAUCAUUGAGUGCUACAUCGAAGCCUGGCCCGCUGGUCUCAACUACUGGAAAAGACCCAACGGCAUCGAGGUCCUUCAUUCGGACGAUAAAUAUGAGGUGAAGGAGGUAGUGGGGUCACAGAAGUACAAGACACACAUGCUGCUCACCAUCAGCGAGGUCUCUCACGCAGACAUCGGUGAGUACAACUGCAUCGCCAACAACAGCCAGGGCGGUGCCGAGCAAGUGGUGCGAGUCUCAGCUUCCGUCCCCUUCCAACACAAUCGUAACGCACUCGACAAAGGUUUCGAGAAUAAGGACAACACAUAUGGCAAGCCUUCGCUCUCUGCUGUUAACUGGAGCAAAGACAAUGAUGCUUCAGCCGCACUAAAGGACGACCAUGAUGAUGCUCGCAAGUGGCCUCAGAGGAAUCCCAACACACAACAGCGACAGACCACCAAGAGACUUCACAAUCCAAGUCUGGAACAUGACUCUUCCUCGCCUCCCUCGUCAUCUUCAUCGUCCUCGCAUUAUAUUAUUCAUCAGAAAGACUAUAACUCUAUGUUCUGGUUAACUUUACUGUUGUUAGUAACUAUACAGUGUUGUGAAAAGGUAGAGUCCCUUUAGUGUAGGUUGCAUUUGUAAGCACUGUGGUUGCUCUCUUCUAGCACUUGCCUGUACACAGUGCGUUAAUUUAGGUGACCCUGUAGAUGAUUUGUCUAGUGUAAUUGAUUUGUAAUUAAAAGAAAAGCCAAACUUGGUGUUCUCUUAUAUAAUUCUUACGGUGUGAGGAGUAGAACUUUCCUGUGCGCUUGGUGUUUCAGGACUUUGAACAAUUUCGCUCAUCAGCGACAAGUACAGUGCUCAUUGGUAGCUGUCUAGAAAGCGUCUAAAGAAUCGUUCGACUCUUAAUCAGGUGGUGAUCUGGCUCCAUAAAGUAGGAGUUAUUUUGAUGAAGAUAUAUACAUAUUAUUCUUCAUGGGGAAGUGGAACAGAAUUCUUCCUCCGUAAGCCAUAUAUGUCGUGAGAGGAGACUAAAAUGUCGGGAGCAAGGGGCUAGUAACCACUUCUCCUGUAUAAAUUACUAAAUUUAAAAAAAGAGUAACUUUCAUUUUUCUUUUUGGGCCUC